AAUAGAGGCUAAUACAAAUAAUUGUCUUCUUAAACCCCCUUAAGCUCUUCAUUUUUCCUUUGUCUGAGAAAGAGAGUGAGAGGGUGCAUAGCUAGAGUUUGAAUUUUAACACACACACACACAACAGUCUCGAAAAGAUGUCUAUCAUUGCAGCUGGUCAUUUGGGUGUUUUCAUUUUUGGUGUUCUAGGGAACAUCGCUUCCUUUAUCGUGUUUCUGGCCCCAGUGCCAACAUUUUACAGGGUGUACAAGAAGAAAUCAACAGAAGGGUUCCAAUCAGUUCCAUAUGUUGUUGCACUAUUCAGUGCCAUGAUGUGGCUCUACUAUGCAACUCUCAAGUCCAACUUGAUUCUCCUUAUUACUAUCAACUCAUUCGGUUGUGUCAUAGAGACCAUUUACAUUGCCUUGUAUAUUGCUUAUGCACCAAAGCAAGCAAGGCUGUUCACUCUGAGGCUGCUUCUUCUGGUGAACUUUGGGGGAUUUUGCAUGAUUCUUCUUCUCUCCCACUUCUUAGCAAAAGGAUCACUUAGAGCCACCGUUUUGGGAUGGGUUUGUACAAGUUUUGCCGUCAGUGUCUUUGCAGCACCUUUAAGCAUUAUUAGGGUGGUUAUACGCACAAAGAGCGUUGAGUUUAUGCCGUUUGCUCUAUCAUUUUUUCUCACGGUCAGCGCUGUUAUGUGGCUCAUGUAUGGUAUAAUGCUCAAGGAUUUGUGUGUGGCGAUUCCAAACGUAUUGGGUUUGAUCUUUGGGGUACUUCAGAUGGUACUAUACAUGAAGUAUAGGAAGAACAAGACUGUGAUGCUCGAAGAGCAAAAGCUCCCAGAAGAGGCAGUAAAAUCUGAAGUGGAUCAUCAAAAGCUUGAUGAUCACUCUCACACCAUCAUGAUGGCCGAGGUACAAGUAAUCAACACUUGUGAUAAUAACAACAAAACCCAAAAGGAUCAAAAUGACGAUGAUGAUCAAGAGAGAAUGAUGAUGAACAAGAACCAAUUUGUGGUACCCCAAACAGGCCAUUGUGCUAUCAACAUGGAAGGCCCGCCGGCUAGUACCCAUACCCAAUGCCAAACAGUGAACUGUGCAGCUUAAUGGGCUUGCUUUCUCUAGCUAAGCUUGACAUGCAUGCACUACCUUUUCUAGUCCCCUGUUUGGCUGUAGCCCUUUUAUUAUUCCUCCUUUAGUUAAUUACCCAUAAUAUAUAUUAGGAUGGUGUAAAUAGGUUCGUCCUCGUUCGAUCGGCUUAGUAUUAUUAUUAUUAUUAUCAUUUUGUACCUGUAAAACUACAAUAUAGUGCAUGUGUACAUCGACUUUGUCACGCCGUGGUACGGCUUACCCAUAUGGCAAAGUAUAUAGUCAUGACCUGUACUAUAUAUAUCUUUACCCUUUCUUUUUCAAUGAAUAAAAAUAUAUAUUGUGUGUC